CGUUUUUAACUAACCAAGCUAAAAUCUUCUUUUAAACUGCUAACCUCCCGAUACAUUUUGUCUGAUUACAUUCUCUGGUUUUAGUAAAGCCGUUGGAUUGCUAACUACUUGUUUUGAAGACAAUAAGCUCGCCAAAGUGUCUGUGGGCGUAUCAACCCACCUAGUGCACCGGAUGCACCACCUGGUGGUGGUGGUGACUAGCUUCAUUUUUUUUCCUUCCUCAGGGGUGGUGGCCGCUGUUUUGCUUCAUAGCUUUCAGAUCAGCCCUACGAAAGCAUGGGAAUGUAGCGAGGGGAAUUUCAGUGUAAACUUGUGUUAAAAGUGCUCGAUAAGUUACUGUAAGUUUCCCGGACGAGCUGUUCCGCAUCUUAGGAGCUCCGCUGUAACGUCGAAGGCCGUUUGAGAGACGCUGUUGGGACAUUUCGCCAGCGAGCGACCCCGGACAAAGGAAAAGAGAGUUGUGAGCUAACGUUAGCUGGCUCCCGGGCUAACUUAGCAUUCCUCUAGCUGCGGCGCAAUGCAGGCCAUAAAGUGUGUCGUUGUCGGGGACGGAGCUGUGGGUAAGACCUGCCUGCUCAUCAGCUACACCACCAAUGCCUUUCCUGGAGAGUACAUCCCCACAGUGUUCGACAACUAUUCCGCCAAUGUUAUGGUGGACGGGAAGCCAGUGAAUCUGGGCCUUUGGGAUACGGCAGGACAAGAAGACUACGACAGACUCCGCCCACUUUCCUACCCACAGACGGAUGUGUUUCUCAUCUGCUUUUCGCUUGUGAGUCCGGCCUCGUUUGAAAACGUCCGUGCCAAGUGGUACCCUGAGGUGAGACACCAUUGUCCCAACACUCCCAUCAUCCUCGUGGGCACCAAGUUGGAUCUGAGAGAUGACAAGGACACCAUGGAGAAGCUGAAGGAGAAGAAACUCUCUCCGAUCACCUAUCCCCAAGGCCUGGCGAUGGCCAAAGAGAUUGGUUCCGUCAAGUACCUGGAGUGCUCAGCCCUGACUCAGCGUGGCCUUAAAACUGUGUUCGACGAGGCCAUCCGGGCCGUCCUCUGCCCUCCACCUGUAAAGAAGAAGGGGAAGAAGUGCAGCCUCCUCUAAGACUUCCUCCACUGGAUCGGUUACAGGGGAACAUGACCGCUAGUGGUUAGGGUGGCUAAAAACACAGGAGAAACACACCAGUAUACACACGAUAACAAUGUACUCCAGAUUCUUUCCUUCCAUACGUGUAGCUACAGCAGUUAUACCAACCAUUUCCAUGAAGAAUUUGACAUAGGGUCAGAUUUAGGAGAAGGGGUUGGAAGAUUAUAGACCCUAGUUUUUUUCUUAACAUCGUAUACUGUCUAGACAAGACUAUGAAAUUAUGAAAUUCUUGAGGCCUUCUAAACAUGGAUUGGAUUUUUUUUUUUUUUUUGGAAAAUAGACCGUGGAAUGUUUUCAAUUUGUUCUUCCACUGGUUGUCCUCCUUUUUUGUUUACAGUCUCGGUCGUUUGUUUUUGAGUGGAAGAAAUAUUGCCAAAUACAUUCUGCAGACAUGCUGUAUUUCAGUCGAUAAGAAAACCUUUUGUUCUAUUGUCUCAAACCCACUACACCUUCAAACUACAGCUGACCAUUUGCUGUUGUGUGCUGCUGUUUUGUUCAGCUCCAUAAUAGAUGGCAUUUUAUUAAUUUCAUUUCCACUUUGCGAGUGCAGUCACGUGUCAUCGCACUGUCAAACAAGGAACUUGAAGUAACCAUCUGUGAAGUUCUUUUUUUGCCUCAAAUUACUGUUCAUGUAUCAUAAUCUCUUUUAUCAGUAGUUAGUUUUUUCAAUCCUAGCAAACGUGAUUUAUGUAAAAUUCAUUCUCAUGGAUUGAAUGACGCCUGAGACAUACUGAAAAUUCAGACCGGGAAGAGGUCUUCUGACACCAACAGUGCUAUUAAUCCCUGAAAAAUCAAAACGAUCCAGUAUUUUAUGUGUUUGGCUCCCACUGGACCUGUCAGGUUAAUGGUAUUUUUUUUUUUUUUUCUUUUCCUCUUUUGCAACAUUUCCCUAGAAGUGUCUCAACUGUAUAGCCCAGGAGUGCAAAGCUGAAAACUUUAUUAGAUAUCGGAUUAGAACUGUUUAGGUGUUUCGGUGGCGGGGAACAAGAGCACCUUUAAUGCUCUGUGGGCAUUUAUCAGAAACCUUUUGUGCAGCACAUUUGAUUUAUUUUUUAAUAGCAUCACUACUGGCUAAGCAAUGUCACUAUCACUAAGAAGAGCAUUUAUGCCUGCUAAUAACAGUAACAAAGCUACUGUCGGUUAUGGUGUAGUAUACAGUGUACUCAUCUUUUUGUUAUAAUCAUGUGAUUGACUAUUUUGUAUCUUUCUUCACAGAAGUUACACUUCACUCACUGUAUUGUUAAACUAACACUAUGAAUAUCCUUUGUUUAUUACCUCUACAGUUAACGCUACCUUAAUCUCCCUACAAGCCUAGCUUUUUGUAAUUAAUGCUGAUAGCAUGUAUGUGCAACAUAUACUGAAAACUAAGAUUAGAAUUGCUACAGUUAUAUUUUUUGCCUAUUUACAAAAUGUAUUUGAACUACUAGAUCAGGGGUUAAGUACAUGUUGCUCAUCUGUAUUGUAUUCAGACAUCAAGCUGUGCUUUAAUUCAAGCCAAUGUUGUGACUCUUUAGUUUUAUGGAUAAAAGCUAUUGUCACUUUUUGAAAAAGCCAAUAAAUUCCAAUAAAACUGAAA